CCCAGAUGAAGUCUUUAAAAAUCCAUUACUUGGACCUACGUAUGUUAGCCGUUACAGUCACUAGAAGAAAGAAUUUCCAAAGCAAGCCGGAGAGUUCUUGUUUCGACAUCUGUAGUUUUUAGAGAUUCAAUCAGAAUUCGAAUAUAGACCUCCGUCAUCAUCUUCCCUGAGUGGUCUUCGUACGUUGCACACUUUUUUUACCGGUCGUCCAGUGCAAGUUUUCCCGGUCCAGCAAUGUCAACGUAUAACAGUAGUCACGGCUCCCCGGCCAUAUGGGAUUCUGCCCUUUACACAUCACCUGCGCAGCGCUUCGGUCCGCCGAUUUCCUUCUCAUCUUCCUCGUCGACCAGCGGGAGGCAGCCAGUGUCUUACAAUUACCCAACCGCCGUGCGUUUUGGUGCGCAUCCAAAUUUCACAGGCGUAGUCGAGAACACACAAUUGAAACCAAAGGACAAAGCAACGACAUCUUCGAGCAGGUAAUAAUCUUCAGAGUUGAAACCACUGUCUGAGGAAGGGGCAGCACUCGAGUUGGACAAAAUACCUUCGUCACUCUGGUUGAACUCCCACAGCGACAAAACGCAACAGAGAGUAGUGUGAAUUUUUUUCUGAAGUCUUUUGUUUUCUUCCAAGAUUUUUUUUUCAGGUGCCGUAGUGGCACACGCGCACCAGUGCGUUGGCAGCAGAGGGCACCUCGAGGAAAAUACGCACACUACCCACACGAGAUCGAGCAGGGACUGCUGAGAGGCGGAAGUUUAGGAUGGAAACCCGAUACCAGUGCACCCAAGAAAGACCUGUUUCAGGUAAGCGAGCCGGAAAGUCCAAGGGGUAUAACUACUAAUUACUCUGCUAUCUAUAUACAUAGAAUUUGGUCUUGUUACUGCAGGAACAAACGGUUGAAGGAAGAGCAGGUUGAAUUGCGUGUGUUUUUGUCUGUUUCUUGUAGAUGAUGAAAUAGGUAACAACCUCUGAUGUCUGUCGUUCUUCAACAUAAGUUUCAUUAGUAUUUAGGUCUGUUUCAUCUGUACAGGUCAGUUUCAUCUGUAGUGCUUCAUCUGAUGUAUAGGUAAGUUUGCCCGUGCAACCUUUCAACCGAAGGAAGAGUGGAAGCCCUAUAAAGAGCACGAGCGGAAUCCGCGGGGACGUGCGUCAAGAUUUUCAGCGGAACUCGACCCGUUUCCUGGUCGAUAUGAACAGCGCAAAGACGCGGAAUAGCAAUGUUGGUGACGAGAAGUCACCCUAUGUCUACAUAUGAGAAAAUUUUUAGAUGUAGAAGAGUUUCGCCAUUUUCUGUUCUUGCUUCUAAGAGAUAUGCACCCACUGAUACUGCAGCCGGAAUACGAUUCGGGGGGCAGAAGUGCACUGCUAUGUCUGAAUUGAAUGAUAAAUCACGUUUCCCUUCACCUUUAGAAGAUUGCCAUUGCCGCCUUCUUUGCAAAAGCUUGUACAGUAUAGAUCAUGACCAGCAAAGUUUCCCCUCUCGCGGUCAUGAUCUGCUCACAGCGACAGGUGAAAAAUGCUUAUAUUGUUGUAAAGAUGCCUCUAAAAACGCUGAGUAAGAGUUUGACCGGUGGUGCACUACUGAAAAACGAAG